CCCCUCCUCCUCCGGACCUCAUUCCACGCUAUGGACUCAUUCGACUUGUCCAACGUUGACAUGCCCGCGAGCGGCUCCCGACUGCUCUCUGAGCCCACACCCGACAUCAGCUCAAGUUCAUCGCGUACCGGACACGGCGGCGACGAUCUCUCCCUAUCCGAGCUCUCCCUCUCCGAUCGACCACAGUCUAGGUCGGCGCGGCGCCGGCCGUUUAGCCUCCUUGCGCAACCACCAUCCCCAGACGAGAGCGCCGUAGCGGAUGAUGAGGACACAGAGGAGGGCGGAGGCGGUCAGGACGAGACCAUGACCCAGGAGGACGUGGAGAAGGCGAGGAAGGUCGCGGCAAAGACGCGCGAAGAGAAGCUCCAGCACGACCUGUUUGUGCUCAAGAAGCUCAACUCCGCCUUUGAGGUAUACAAGGAUGCCCUACGUGAGACAAAGUCGAGUACGGAUAGGGUAGCAGAACGACUUGGACACACGAACGCCCUGCUGGACAAGUAUGUCCGUAUACUGUCGGGAUCAGAGAAGAUCACCAAGCUGAUCCUCGACGAACGAUGGCAAGGUGCUGAAGCAGACGAGGAGCAGCUCCUACGGGAGGAGGAGGAAGAGCGCGAGCGCGCGCGUCGGGAAGAGGAGGAACGUCAGCUCGCCGCGCAGCGCGAACGUGAGCGGCUAGAACGAGAACAGCGGGAACGCGAGGAAAGGGAGACGCGGGAACGUCUGGAGCGGGAGAAGGCUGAGGCCGCAAAGACCGCGAGCAGAGGCAGCGGGGUCAGAGGUGUGCGGGGCACCCGAGCGUCGAUGCGGGGAUUACGUGGAACUGCGCGAGGAGCACCCGCGGCUAAUGCGCGCGGUGCGGCAUCCGCCACCAGUGGGAUCCCGGCCACAAGGCGCGGGACGACCUCGAUGGCCACCCGCGCCGGGAGCACAGCGACAAGGGGCGGUAUCUUAAGACGGACCUGAACGGUGGUGCAACGUUGGUUUUUCAACACCAUUCCUAUCACCGCUCCCGGAGCCUGUGGUCGCCCGAGGAUGGUCUGCGCACUCUGCCUAAGGCUCUUGGCGGAUAGCUGCAGACCUUUUUUUUUUUGCCGAUACCGGUACGCGACUCGCGGGGUUACCUUGACGUCAUCCCUGGGUCGCAGCCGAUCGCAGUUUCGUCGACGAGCACUCGCACCGGCGCAGAACGUAUAGGACCGAUCAUGCUGGCCUUCAGUAGAUCAGCCAGACGCAGGAAGCCUGCGUGCUGGACUACUGCUCUACCUUGAAGGCGGUGCUCGUGUGCGCCACGUACUCUACGUGUAUGUAAUGCGUAAUGCAGCAUGUCGCGUACUACUCGAAGUAAGCUCCAUUGCAGAAAGC